AUGUACUCACAACGACCCUUAUCGUAUGCGCCCACGCCUUACAGCUACACUCCAAAUCCGGCACGAUUAGCCACAAUCAAUCUCGAUGAGGAAGUGAAACUCGUGUCAAGCUCAGGAGAGCGCGAACUCUACGAAUCUCUUGCCGAGAUAUACAGCAUAAUUAUCACACUCGAUGGUCUCGAAAAAGCAUUUAUCAAGGACGUUGUCACCGAGGCCGAGUACACGGAGACGUGCACGAGGCUAUUGAAACAAUACAAGUCUAGUCUGGGUGAUGAAACGGUGUCACGAGAAUUUGUGGACUUGGAGACAUUUAAGAGGACGUGGGGAUUGGAAUGCCCUCGCGCUACCGAACGACUUCGAAUUGGCCUACCCGCGACGGUCGAACAGGCCUCACACAGUGUACCGCAAGCGAGUGGAGCAGUCUCUGGAGGCUCUGGUGGUGGUACCUCAGGCAGUCUGAUCUUGGCAGCAACUGAGAAUUUCAUCACCUUCCUUGAUGCCUUGAAGUUGAACAUGUUCUCCAAAGAUGCUCUGCACCCUCUUCUCUCUGAAGUUAUCCAGUCGGUCAAUAAAGUUACCGAUGGGGAAUUUGAAAACCGUGGGAAAAUCAUUCAAUGGUUGAUUGCGCUCAACCAGAUGCGAGCUACAGAGGAGCUUAACGAAGAGCAGGCACGAGAGUUGGCUUUUGAUAUCGAGCAAGCUUACCAAGGAUUCAAAGCGACGCUGAAUUGA